AUGCUGCAGUUGUUUACCAUUGUUGAUAAAGUAUAUUACAUUACUAUUGCUGCUAUUGGUGUCCCAGUUAAUGCUCUGGCAAUUGUGAUUCUGUCGCUUGGAAAAUGCGGGCUGUCCAAAUGCACCACACAUUACCUGGUGGCUAUGGCAACAGCAGAUCUGAUGGUCAUCAUCACUGAUGUCAUAUUGUAUCAACUAAAUAACUACUUUUACCAAGGGUCAUUCCUGCACCUCACGUCUGCAUGCAUUGUGAUUGACUUCCUACUUUUUGUGAGUUCAGACUGUUCUGUCUGGUUCACUGUCACUUUCUCCGCUGAUCGGUUUGUCACCAUUUGUUGCCGGAAACUGAAACUGAAAUAUUGUACCGUGAAAACAGCAGCUGUUAUUCUUUCAACAACCUGUACUAUUUUCUUUCUAAAAAAUGUUCCAAUAUUUUUUACACGGGAACCUACGAUCGUGGUUGACAAUGUACAGUGGUCCUGUCAAAUUCAGGACAGCUAUUAUUCUGAAAUCAGGUGGGUGGUUUAUGACUGGGUUGAUAAGGUGUUAACACCAUUACUCCCGUUCAGUUUAGUUUUGCUCUUCAAUGCUUUGACAGUCAGAUACGUGUUAGUGGCAAAUCGGAUCCGUAAAGGAUUGAGGAAUCAGAACAUGGAAGAGAAGCGCAGUGAUCCUGAGAUGGAGAGCAGGAGGAAGUCAAUGAUUUUACUAUUCGCUAUAUCUAGCAGUUUCAUAUUGCUGUGGUCACCCUAUGUAAUAAAUUUCUUAUAUUAUCGAAUUGCAGCAAUUGAUCCCAAAUCUUACAAUGAAAGUUUGCAUGUAUUUGAAAGAAUUGGAUAUAUGCUGUUGAGUUUGAGUUGCUGCACAAAUACGUUUAUUUAUGGAGUAACUCAGUCGAAGUUCAGGGAACCGUUCAUUAAUGCUGUAAAAUACCCACUGACUGCAAUUAGCAGAGUCUUUGCUUUCAGAAUGAAUUGA